AAAACACGAGUCUACUCGACAAUUGCGCCGUCGAGUAAACAGCGAUUUGGGUUUGAAUUUUGUCGAUUGGGUAGGAACCCAUCAUCACGUGUUACCUUUGAAAGCGUGACAGCUGCGGUUCCUUGGUGGCAAGUGACGUAAUCGACAUUCAUCAAGUUGUGCGACCGGGGAGGUUUUUGUCACUGGGGAUACUCGUUUGGUGUGAGACAAGCAAGCGAAGUCAGCAGCUAGAGCAAAUGGUGAGUUUGUAACUCCAAUAUUUGUAGGUAAGUUAUUUGUAGAUGCUGAAUAUCUCCUGCCAACGUUUGUAUUAAUGACUUUUAGUCGAGCAUUAUUUUCACUCGAUUUCCAAAAGGUGGAAACGGUAAAAAUUGAUGAAAAAAUAAACAGUUAAAUGGCGGUAAGAUAAAAAAAAGAAUUGGUAAAAAUCUUUGAUGAUAUAAAAAGAGGAACCUCUAUUAAAGUGUACCGCACUUUUGUCAGCAAAAAAAAAUUAAAUUUAAAACUCAAAAUUUCAAGUUAUAUUCAUUUACUAUCAAUGUUCAUAUUGAUACAUCGCCUAUUCCACUGAGGUAGUCUGCAAGAGCUUCAGGCUAUACAUGUCUCAGCAAAUUUCAGUUUAAUGUUCUUGCUUAAACCGUAUUGAAAAAAAUUAGUUUUCUUAGAAAUCUCUGCUUGGAACUUGAAGCACAUCUCCCAUGACGUAGACGUGAGACGGGGGUCGAGUACAUUUAAAGUAAAACUUUUCGAAGAACAAAUAAUCCCAAACAUAUUAAAAAUAUUAUUUCCGUGUUUCGUGAUAAAAGUUUUUCUGAAAACCCGUCUAGCUUUUGAAGUGGAGAUCUACUAUUGAUUCACUUGUCACUUUAACAGACACUACAUUUUUCACCCUGAAUAUCUGUCUUGUCUUUAGUUUGGUAAGACGCGGUCACCUCGCAUUUUUGUCGAAUUUGUGUUCAGGUUUUGACAGAUGACAAUGUGUUGUAGCUCUCCUGACACGAGUGUGGUUUUAAAAAUCUUCUCACCCCAUCUUACAUGGGCAAAACAUCUACUUUUUGGCCCGUCAUUCCAUCUCAUGCUAAUUUUCAAAAGUCAUUUGUAUGAAUUGUGUCUAGCAAGUGAAUCUUAAAGGGAGGGACUGCACUACCUUUACAAAUUGUAAAUGUCAAACGACGCCAUGUUCGUCCCUGACACUCAAGUGAAGUUUUUGUUGAAAAGUUUAAAGCAACCCCUUCAAAGAACGAAGAUUGCAUUUUUUUUAUGCCAGUGACAAGGUUUGAUAAAUUACAAGGGAGACUAUAGGGGCGUAUUUUAGUGUUGCCUCUGGCACGAAACAGCUUUUAGGUCUUCUAUAUCUACUUAUAAGUAAAAAGCGAGCUAUAUGUAUCUUGUUAGAAAUAACAUAUAUUUUUUUAAAUCGAAACUCAAUUCUUUGUGUUUUUGGUUGAUAUCAUUGUGGCCCUGGGGGCCAAAACGCCGCACUUCACCCACUUGCACUGCCAUGUAGGUUAAACAAGGGAACUAGUUUCCAUGAUAAAAAAAGAAAGCUGCUAAAAAAAAGAAAGCUGCUAAAACAUUUUUACCGCUCUUUUUAAACACAUGUAUCGUUGUUUUCCACGUAACGUGAAUGAUAGACGAGUAAUGACGCUGUGUAACGUUGGUGAUCAAUUAAAGAGAUGAGUGGUUGGGGUUUUCCGGGAGGGGGUUCUUUAUUUGUCACAUGUGUAAGCUAUAUUUUAAAUGGGAGGUUAGCUAAAAAAAAGCCAUUAAGACUGGCAACUGUUUUUAUUAGUCACAGCAAAAUGAAAAAAAAAACACAGAACAAAAGAUAUUUGAUUGUCUAUUAGUUAAUGUGGCCUAGUUUUGCAGAGUCCUAUAAAUGCAAGUCAUUUUAGAGUUAUUGAAAUAAUUAGAAUAAGGUAGAUGGGGCAAAAUAGAAUAAAGAGACGUUUUGAAUGUGCGCUGAAAACACUUAGACGCAAUUGGGGUUGCUUUACUUUAGACUUUGUAGAUUUUAGUAAUUAGAUAAGAAACGAUAAAUGCGAUUCACGUAAGAAGCUAUGAUCUGCAAUUAUGUUACUAGUACAAUGGAGUUGAUUUACAGGUCAUCCUUAGCCUUAUGCUUUACUUUGAGCCGGCAUGUAGUUGACAUACCCAUUUUUCAUUCUGUCUUGCAAUAAAUACACUUCAUAUUAACCCAGAUAUUCUUCCUUUAAAUCGAUACAUGUUGCUACGUAGAGACUAUUACCAUAACUGGCGGCGCGAACGUUCAUAUUCAAAAACACCAUUAAUUAUUAAUCCCGAUUGCGAUGUUAUUUGUCUGUUUGCCAAUUUCUUUACAACCGGCAAACGUGGAUGAGUAUCGACGAAUGUGCAUCGCUAAAAACCUGGCAGCCCUUUCUCCGUUAAGCAAAGCGUCCGUUGUAACUUUUUGAGUCACUGUUGAAGGGAGAGAGUUGUUGGAGGGCUAUUCCCCACACUUGUAACUUCUCGUGAGAUAGCCUCCAUACUUGAGAGUUCUUGUCAACCUGUCAGCAGUGUCAAGUAAGCCGUGGCGAUAUACUGCCUUCGACUUGUGCCAAAACUCGCCCAGUCAUGACAGACGAAGGAAUACUAUACCAUAGACGAGAAUUCUAAGACACUUCUGCGAUUUUUGGAUAAGUGCGCUUGGCAUAGACAUGGGCUGAUCGCUUCCGCGUCGUUUUGAAACGUAUUUCUACCAUUUAAAGAGUCACAAAGAAAAUAAAAGGCUAUACAGAUGCGUUACUGUGUAACAUCGUCUAGGAGGAUCGGCAUAACACUCUCUGCGAAAGUCCCUCGGCGUCGGCUAUAGGCUAAUGCAGCUACUACCACUCCAGCCAUCACGUCCCCAUGUCUCAGCAUCUGGCCGAUUGCUACAGUCUUUCCUGACGCUUACACUGGUUUUCAUACUUUUUCCACCGCAUGUCGCCGGGCAAGGCGUGUUCGAGGUAAAACUGCGUCGAGUGUGGAAUCCGGGCGGGCGUAACUUCACUCGUCAGUGCUGCAGUGGGAUGGAAGUGGACGGAAAGUGCGCCCUACCGUGCCGGACAUACGUCCGGGCCUGCUUAAGGCAGUACAGCCCCGGACACCCGACCGACUGCACUUUUGGGAACAUGCUCACCUCUGAACUCGGACAGGACUCAUUCACUGCACCACGCGACCAUGUCAUCCGGUUUGACAUAGCGUCUAGCUGGCCGGGCUCAUUCUCGAUGAUUGUAGAACUGCGCUCUUUAGAACCCGGUGGUUUGAUAGCGCGGACGGAAAUAAGAAGGGAAACUUUUUUUCCUGGAAAACUUUGGGCAAACACAAGCCACAUAGGUGUGUCAUCGAACUUUAGCUUGUCAUUCCGUAUGGUCUGCAAUCCCAACCAGUACGGUGAUUCCUGCUCGAAGUUUUGCGAACCACGUGAUGAUAAAUUUGGUCACAUGACGUGUGACGCGAACGGAACGCAUGUCUGCUUACCAGGCUGGCAGGGACUUCCUUACUGCACAACUCCUGUUUGUAGUAAAAGCUGCAGACCAAAUGGAAACUGCGUCAGCCCAGAUAGAUGCAGUUGCCAAGGUGGCUGGACAGGUCCCCAGUGUAAUCAGUGCGUGCCCCACCCGGCCUGCGUGCACGGGACGUGUAACAAGCCUUUUGAUUGCAUCUGUACGCCUGGAUGGGGAAGCUUGUACUGCGACUUGGAAUUGGACUACUGUGGUCGCAACAAUCCUUGUAUAAAUGGUGCAUCGUGCAAAAACACAAAUCCAGGACAGUACAAGUGCAUCUGUAAGCCAGGAUACACCGGCAUCAACUGUCAACAUGAAUUAAAUGAAUGUGAUAGUAGUCCUUGCCAAAACGGGGGGAUGUGCAAGGAUCUCUUCAAUGACUUUAACUGUACCUGUCCAACCGGUUUUACCGGAAAGAAAUGCGAACAUAAUAUCGGCGAUUGCUUUGAUGGCGCGUGUCAAAAUGGCGGCACAUGUGUGGACGGCGUCAAUCGGUACACCUGCUCCUGUCCAGCGGGGUUCUCAGGUCGAGCAUGUGAAUUUGCUGUUGAUAAAACGACUGGAAGACCGACUACAACAACAGAUGGAAAUUCUACCUCAGUUGGAACCGGUGAACAUGGGUCUAGCUCAAGUUGGGAUGAGAAUAAGACGCUAAUAUUACCGAUAGUUCUGUGCGGUGCGGCUGUAUUGUGUGUUAUUGCGGGUAUUCUUGUGUGGAAAACUUGUCGAAAGCGGCCGUUCUGUUGCUUCGCGUCUAGUGCGAAAGGUGAUCCUCAGGAAUCGAACACUCGCACGGAAAUCAGACCGGUUGAUCCGGCUGUCAAACAAGUUGAUCUAGAUAUGGACCCAAAGAGACUUAACGAGACGGACCUCAAACACUGCGGGGCUGGAGGGACCAAAUCCCGGAAAAAUCCGGACAUUAUUAUUAAUUUCGUGCCUUCGCACGCCAAGAAGAAUGUAAAUAGCAGACUAGACUGUCAAACUGUUGGAAGAAAACUUCCUCCAGAGAGGGGAAAGGGGAAGGAAAUUCCAGAUUCUCCUAAAGCUGAAACUUCAAGGGCGUCCAUGGAGUUGUCCGAGAUAGUACCAGAGCAAGAUUUGGGGGAACUUUUCCUACCAAACCGCUGUUUUGAUUACGGUUACUGGCAAGAAGUGGAAGUGGAAAUAUAAGUUAAUUAAAUUAAGGUUUCUGAAGCCUACAAAUAAAAACUCGACAAGCUGAUGUCGUGUGACCUUAUCACGUGAUCAGACGCGCACAUGUUGCUCAAAGCAUUAUGAGAAACAGAAAUGCAAAACCUGACUUACAGGUUAAGUCACGUGGCUGGCCAGUUCAUAGUGUGAAAAUUUCGCUCGAGAUCGCUGACAAGUCGUAACUGUCUCGUGAGUCACGAGAUUCAAAGGCGAGACCUAGGGGACCAGGCCGCCUGGAAAGGAGAAUCCACAGCAACCCCGCAUUUGGUGAUGGAACUUGUAAAUAGAACACUGUUAUAAUAUGAAUUAGGACAUGCGGACUUGAGGUUGUUUGUGACGGAAAUAAUUUUUAAUGGCAGAAGUCGUACAGGUACAUUGUAACAUAAUUUUCGAGAUGGUAAAUAGUACAAGUUGUAUUGAAUUAGUGGUGAACUUUUACGGAUGCAUGUCCGACGUAGAAUUUGUCCCGCUAAUUUUCAGACGUUCAUAUCGUGCCGUGUUCCACGUGGGUCACGUAACCCCCUGGCCGACUCACUGCGCAUGGGUAGUGUGCGGAAAAAUGUUUGCACAAAAACCGUUCACAUCGGGAAAUGUUCUAGGAAUCGUCAAUCGUGGUUGCACAUUGUAUAAGUAGACAUCAUCCGUUGGCUAUAUUCAAAUGGUAUGUCUGUGGUUGAAUGCGACAUUAGCUAGACGGGAGACUGGGUCCGACACUCACUUUUUAUGUCGCUCCCGUUGCCUUAUUUGGAUGUCUUUCUCUCCAGCACGACCCAUCUGGGCGCCCAGUCUCCCGCGUCAACACAUUCUCAGCAUGCAUAGCGUUAUCAUAUCCCAUGAUGCCAUACACAGGAUUCCGGUUUUAAGUGUAUUUACCCUUUUGGUUACCAAGGCUUCGUAUCUGGAGUAAGAGUAAGGCCUUAUGGCCGCAUUAUAAAGCUGCCCUCGCAUCUGAUUGGUUAAUUCCCCUUGUUUACUUUGAUUCCCGUGUGUAUAAAAAUCCCGGAUAGAAAUAAUUUUUAAUUUUAAUGCUACCCCAAAUUCAUCAGACAUUAUUACAUAUUUUUUCUUAGAUUAUUCUUGAAAGAAAUGAGAAACCCUGAUUUUUUGGCAAUUUUAAGCUCGUCACUAAUCUGCAUUUUUUUUUCCUCUGGUUCUUUAUUCUUCGGCAUGGCACCAUAUCUAUUCUGUAUUGAGAAAGAGCGAAAGGAAAAGUACGCUUUUGUUUGUUGCCUUUCUUUGAUGGUUUUGUUAAUGUUGUUUAUACCAGUUGGGAAUCUUUUAAGUCGGAGUUGCAGUGAGACCUUUCUACAGUGAGCUUUCCUCUUGGUAAAGUAAAGUUUGGAUCUUGUAAGGACGCUUUCUAAACUUUUGAUAAAUUUGAAAUUCUAAUAUUUCUCAGCAUUUCUGUGUUUUUUGACUUAGCGUUCUAGCAAAAAGUGCACUGCUCAAAAAAGUAUUUUCGGAAUUCAAACUUUACUUAAACAGUAGAGAUGGGCACCCUGUGGUCACUUCACCAUGGCACAACUGCGUGGUUAAAAUUUUUAUUCUCAGGUUUGACUGCGACCCAGUCUCUUUCCGUCCUCAAUGCUUCACUAAAUUAACUCGCGCAUGCGUAUAGACUUAACCGAUGUGGAUUUUAUAGAUAUAUAUUUUUGUAAAAUUUUCUACUGUGAACGGUUUUGUAGAACUGCCAAUUGAUGUCGUUACAAAGAUAAUUUAAUAUAUAUUAUAUAUGAUAUAUAGUAUAGAGAACAAUAAACGUCUUGCACUUA